GGGGGCGGAACCGGAACCGGCUGUGGCCGGGGGCGGGGCCUCGCGGGGCUGUGGAUCCUGCUGGAGCGGCGGCCGCGGUGGCCGGACAGCGGGCGGUCGCAGCAGCCCCGGAGCCCCAUGGUGCGGGGCCGCCGCCAGGCCGCAGGAGGAGCCCGAGGUCCGGGCCGCCCCGGUUGACCGUGCGGGCCCGCGCUGCCCGGAGUUGCCGCCGUGCGUCGGGCCCCCCGGGGCGCGGGCCGGCCCACCAUGGGGUCCCUGUUCCGGAGCGAGACGAUGUGCCUGGCGCAGCUCUUCCUGCAGUCGGGCACGGCCUACGAGUGCCUCAGCGCCCUGGGCGAGAAGGGCCUGGUCCAGUUCCGAGACCUCAACCAGAAUGUAAGUUCUUUCCAAAGAAAAUUUGUUGGUGAGGUGAAGAGGUGUGAAGAGCUGGAGCGAAUAUUGGCCUAUUUGGUGCAGGAAAUUAAUAGAGCUGACAUCCCCCUUCCUGAAGGAGAGACCAGCCUUCCUGCACCACCUCUUAAACAAGUUCUAGAAAUGCAGGAGCAGUUGCAGAAGCUGGAGGUUGAGCUGAGAGAAGUCACGAAGAACAAGGAGAAACUGAGGAAAAACUUGCUUGAGCUGAUUGAGUACACGCACAUGCUCAGAGUGACAAAAACCUUCGUUAAGCGAAACGUGGAGUUUGAACCCACUUAUGAAGAAUUCCCUCCCUUAGACAGUGACUCUCUGUUGGACUACAGCUGUAUGCAGAGGCUGGGAGCAAAGCUGGGAUUUAUAUCUGGUCUAAUUAACCAAGGAAAAGUUGAAGCAUUUGAAAAAAUGUUGUGGAGGGUCUGCAAAGGGUACACCAUCCUGACCUAUGCAGAGCUGGAUGAGCCCCUUGAAGACCCCGAGACAGGAGAAGUCAUAAAAUGGUAUGUGUUUUUAAUCUCCUUUUGGGGAGAGCAGAUUGGCCACAAGGUUAAGAAGAUAUGUGACUGUUACCACUGCCACAUUUACCCCUACCCCAAUACCGCCGAGGAGCGGAGAGAGAUUCAGGAGGGCCUGAAUACCCGGAUCCAAGAUCUUCACACUGUGCUUCACAAAACCGAGGACUAUUUGAGGCAAGUGCUGUGUAAAGCCGCCGAAUCCGUCUACACUCGCGUCAUCCAGGUGAAGAAAAUGAAAGCCAUUUACCACAUUCUGAACAUGUGCAGCUUCGAUGUGACAAACAAGUGCCUCAUCGCUGAAGUCUGGUGCCCUGAGGCCGACCUGCAGGGCCUGCGCCGCGCGCUGGAGGAGGGGUCGAGAGAGAGUGGUGCGACAAUCCCCUCGUUCAUGAACACAAUCCCAACAAAAGAAACACCCCCAACUCUAAUCCGCACCAACAAAUUCACCGAGGGCUUUCAGAACAUCGUGGACGCCUACGGAGUUGGCAGCUACAGAGAAGUGAACCCAGCUCUCUUCACCAUCAUCACUUUCCCCUUUCUGUUUGCCGUGAUGUUCGGAGACUGUGGACAUGGCUUCGUGAUGUUCCUGUUUGCCCUCUUGUUGGUGUUAAAUGAAAACCAUCCCAGACUAAAUCAGUCACAAGAGAUCAUGCGGAUGUUCUUCCACGGCCGGUACAUCCUCCUGCUGAUGGGGCUGUUCUCCGUGUACACGGGCCUCAUUUACAAUGACUGCUUUUCCAAGUCCGUCAACCUUUUCGGCUCUGGGUGGAACGUGUCUGCCAUGUACAGCUCCAGCCACGCUCCGACGGAGCACACGAAAAUGGUGCUUUGGAAUGACAGCGUUGUCAGACACAACAGGCUGCUGCAGCUGGACCCCAAUGUUCCCGGCGUCUUCCGAGGCCCCUACCCUUUUGGCAUCGAUCCCAUUUGGAACUUGGCCACAAAUCGCCUCACUUUUCUAAACUCUUUCAAAAUGAAAAUGUCUGUGAUUUUGGGAAUUAUUCACAUGACUUUUGGAGUUGUUCUGGGAAUAUUUAACCACUUGCAUUUCAGGAAGAAGUUCAAUAUUUACUUUGUCUCCAUCCCGGAACUUCUCUUCAUGCUGUGCAUGUUCGGGUACCUGAUAUUCAUGAUUAUCUACAAGUGGCUGGUUUAUUCAGCAGAAACCUCCAGAGUUGCUCCCAGCAUCCUGAUCGAGUUUAUUAACAUGUUUUUAUUCCCCACGAGUGAAACAAGCGGCCUUUACUCAGGGCAGGUGCACGUCCAGAGGCUGUUGCUGGCUGUCACUGCCCUGUCUGUCCCCGUUCUCUUCUUGGGAAAACCACUGUUUCUGUUAUGGCUCCAAAACAGACGCAGCUGCUUUGGGAUUAGCAGGAGUGGUUACACGCUUGUGAGGAAGGAUAGUGAGGAAGAAGUGUCUCUGCUGGGAAGCCAAGACGUAGAAGAGGGACCGAACCAAAUGGAAGAUGGAUGUCGAGAAAUGACAUGUGAAGAGUUUAAUUUUGGAGAAAUAUUAAUGACCCAGGUAAUUCAUUCCAUCGAAUACUGUCUGGGCUGCAUCUCCAACACCGCAUCAUACCUGAGGCUCUGGGCACUCAGCCUGGCUCAUGCACAGUUGUCUGACGUCCUGUGGGCUAUGCUGAUGCGUGUGGGCCUCCGGGUAGACACGACUUUCGGAGUCUUGCUACUGCUCCCGGUUAUCGCCGUCUUUGCAGGUCUGACAGUCUUCAUCCUUCUGAUCAUGGAAGGGCUUUCUGCAUUUCUUCAUGCCAUACGCCUCCAUUGGGUAGAAUUUCAGAACAAAUUCUACGUUGGUGCAGGCACCAAAUUUGUUCCUUUCUCGUUCAGACUGCUUUCGUCGAAGUUCACCGAUGACGUGGCAUGAUCACAUUGCCGUAUCCAACAAGCUUUCAGAUUUGUGGAGAAUUAUGUUAUAGAAUUUCACUUAUGUCAGAUUUACAAUAGGAAAAAUUCCAUCCUCAUUGAUUGCCUUAUGAUAUAGCCAAAUAAUUCUGUAAGAUAUACCUCCUUCCUCAUGUUAAAUAUUUUGUAAAGUUUACCAAUUUCAGAUAUAUAAACUUAUUUCAGUUUUUAUGAUGAGCAGAUAUAUAAGUUAAUGCCAAACGUUAUGUUUAAGUUGCUUUUUAAAAAUAAGCUUGGGGGAGAGAAGCCAAUCUUGAAUGACUAAUUGAAAAGGGUCUUAGACACUUGAUUCCUUUUCAUCUUAUUAAAAAAAAAAAAGAAAAAAGAGUUACUCUAUUGCCUGAAGUUGUCAGAUAAUAUUUUCCAACAGCUGAAGUAUGGUUUGAAAAAAAAUAAUGAUGGAUAAUCAAAAGAUUCACAUUUAUUGUUUGAUUGAAGGUAUGAAAACAUUUUUUUCCUGUCUGGUACCUAGAAUUACAAGUAGGAGAUGGUUUCUACAAUUUUGUCUUGUUUUAAUAAUUGGGGAAGAUAACAUACAACAAAUGAUUACCCCACGAGUAUAUUUUUUUAAAGACUCCUAUCCUGUUAUCCUUACAUAAAAACAAUUAUGCUAAUUGAUUGUUUGGAAAGAAACUGUAUACUGAGCCUUAAAACUGAGUGUGACCGUAGAAGGUCCAAUGUGGAUAUGAUUUGAACUUAAGUGACCAGCUUGGCCGAUGUUACUGAGCCAAAAGGGGUUUAUACUGAGUGAAGGAAAGGUAAAAAGUAGUAUUUUCUAUAUUUUUAUAACAAAAUGUAAAUUAAGAUAUUUUACCAUAAAGAGAUUGCACCUAUCCUUGAGAACAGUAUAAUUAUAAUUUUUACUUCCAGACUAAUUGUAAAUAAAGGUCUGAUAAAGGCGUUUAGAGUUAAACGUUCACUCUUGAGAUCAGUUGAAAACUAGUUCAAACUAGUUCUUAGCCAUUAAUUUAUAGACUUUAGUUUAAAUUCACCUACUCACUUGACAUUUAGUUUUGAAUAAAUUUGAGUCAGUUCUCUUGAACAUUUUGACAGUUCUUUUUGUAAAUUAUGUUCAUUUUCAUAUUCUACUAUAAUCGAUUUUAGAUCAUUAUUUUCAAAAAGAAAUCUGCAGUAUUUUCACUGUUUCACAUUUUGAGUAACGCAUGAAAAGGCUCGUUUGUCACCAUUACUCCUUCACUCUGACUAGUGGUAGAGAGUUUGGAAUUUUCUUUAUAAGCUAAGGCUGUUGUAGCGCUGAAUUUAAACCUAUCGUUUCAGGUAAUUUCAAGGCCUGUCUGCUGAGAGGCGUGAACUGAACAUCAUGACAUAACUGACUCUAACAUUAAACCUUUUUAAUUGUAGAGAAUAGUCUGCACUGUUCCCCCAUCAGAUGUUACCCGAAGCUAGUUUGGAAUUACUGGGUUUUUUUCCAUCAUUAAAAUAAGACAUAAAACAAUGCUGAAGAAACUUAAAAAUGAUUCUGCUUUCAAAGUUAAGUUUCCCCAGGAAAGGGUAAUGUUGGACACUUUUUUUUUUUGGUGAAUAAUGCCGUCCAGGUUUCAAACUUGUCCCUCACAAGUUGUCACUUUCACUACUUUACUCCAAGGCUCUGUUGUAAUAAAAUGGGAACUAAUUCAUCCCCAGGAAAUCCACAGUUUCCGGACACUAUUAACUGAUUAGUAAACAAGAGACACACAGUACCUGGUGGAAUACUUCACGGCUCCCACUGCUUUGUCAGGAGGGCCCCUUUUAAAGUUUAAUUAACACCUCUUAUCAGGGAGCGAAGAGUCAUUUUUUACUUGAAACUUAUGUAGAAUGUAAUUAUGUAAAAAAACAAAUUAAUAGUCCUAACUUUUGUUAAAGAACUCUCUAGAAAUAUAGUUUGAUGGUGUCUCUUAGGCACAAGGGGAAAUUUUAUUUCUUUAUAAAGCUGUUUGUUCCAAUGUCAUGUUACGUGAGCCGCUGUUUUGUUUUGUUUCUAAGCUAUUUAGUAAAACUAUUAUGUAUACAAUUUUUAAGGCAGACCUUUAUUCUCUUGAUAGCAAAUAUCCAGAGGGAAAAUGGUCAUUUGUCUGGAUGAUGCUAAAUAUCUUAUUUUCCUAAAGAUAAAUGUCAUGACAGCCACGUUUUCCAGUUUUCAUUCAGGUGUUCAUUCUCGGUGUUAAUGAAGUCCUAAAAUAAAAACCCAGGGGGUUUCCCUCAGUAAAAUAGAAUUUGAUGUCAUCCUGCAAGGGUGACAUAAUCAUGUGGUGACAUAACCAUGAACAGUUAAGGAGUGCCAAGGUGUUCCCAGGGGUCAUGGAGAGCCCUGUGCACUUUCCAUCUUUGUGGAGACGACUUUGAAAAGACUCACCUUUCACUCAGUGCUGCUCUGACCUCAAUUCUGGAAUGGCUAUUUUUAUAACAACAUUCUGGUCUCAAUUUUCAACCUGUAAUAGUUUAGUAAGGCAUAGAAUAUCUAUAGCAUAGGUAGCUCUUAUGGACCUUUUAGGACCUUGUUCAUUUUGGAAAACAAAAAAUAACUUCAAUAACUUGUUCUGCAGUCUGCAUUUGAAACACAGUAAAAUCUUGAUUAAAAUUUGAAAGCCAGGUUUGCUUGCAUGCCAUCUGGUAUACCUCCAGCAAGAGCACUGAGAUAUUUAAGUUAAGAUGAUGAGAAUAAGGCAGUUCAGAGUAAUCAUUUUCCAACAACCAGGCCAUUGAUGCUGAGCUUUGGUUUAGAAGUUUAAGAAAUACUUAGAACAUUCCACUUGUUUCUUAAUGGGAAAAGCUGACAAGAAGGCUAGGUUCUUAGGGGCAGCCUAGAAAUCUAGGGGCUCAACUCUGUGACUGGAAGCGAAAGUAAAGAAGUGAAAGCUCUCCAAAUGCAUGAAAGGACAAAUUUGCAUCUUCCUAUCAGUAUUGAACUUUUUACUAAUGAAAAAUAAAUAUAUAUUUCUAAAA